UUUAAAACCACUUGUUUUACAACCUCCACAUCGCCUCACGUCUUCUACACAUCCCACCCACCCACACACACUCUCUCUCUCACUCACACACACGCACAUACACACAAAGGAGAGCGCUUGGAUGAGUAACAGCCCUGUUUGUCUGUGUUGACAUGGAUCAGUCCUGAGUGGCCUUCAGAGUUUUCCCUCAGACGCACCAGCUGCAGAGCUACUGCCGGAUAUUCCUCGCCCUCCUCCUGCCUCACUUGUUGCGCAGAGACUGAAUACGCUGCUAAGUCCUUGGAGAGGAGAGAGAGAGCGAGAGAGCGAGGGAGCAAGAGAGAGAGAGAGAGAGCGCGCGAGAGAGGCAGGGACGGACUGCAACAGGUGCACUCGCAGCAUCUCCUGCAGAGAAGCUGCACCGGAGGAUAUAAGAAAACUUUAAAUGCUGAUCUGAGCAUCAGUUCGUCGUCUUCAGCUGUCACCGUGCGCACACAGCCAGGAUGCCGGUCCUGACGAGCCCCGACAUCGCUAACAAGUUUAAGGAAAAAUGGUUGGCGGUAUUCCCGGAGGACCAGGUCGCCGGGUUCGACUCUGUCCCCCUGGACGACAGUCUCACCAGCCUCCACUGGCUCCAGAAUUUCUCCAUCCUCAGCGCAGACCCGGAGCGACCUCCAGGCGCUGGACCCGGGUGUCCGUCUUCUCAGCAGCACCUCUUCCUCAAGAGGUUCGGAUUCCCCAGAGGAGGCGCCGACUCCCCGUCCAGCCCUCCGGCCGGGGACACCGCCGCCACCGGGAUGCCCCUGUACCUCGGGAGCCCCGUCACCUCCGGCAGUGACUCCACCACGGCACCGCGUUUCCCCAGCUGCGCACGCUCCGCAUCCGGCUACCCACAGAUCCCCAUCCAGGCCAACCCGCCUGUUGAGGUCGACUACAAAACCAACCCUAAAGUCAAGCCGCCUUACUCGUACGCGUCUCUCAUCUGUAUGGCCAUGCAGGCCAGCAAGCAGCCCAAAGUGACUCUGUCCACCAUCUACAACUGGAUCACGGAGAAUUUCUGCUACUACAGACACGCGGAACCCAGCUGGCAGAACUCGAUUCGUCACAACUUGUCCCUCAACAAGUGUUUCAAGAAGGUCCCCAGACAAAAGGACGAGCCGGGGAAAGGAGGCUUCUGGCAGAUCGAUCCUCAGUACGCCGAUAUGUUUGUCAACGGCAUCUUUAAACGCAGGAGGAUGUCUGCGAACCAGUACAGCAGCAGCAGCAGCAGCAGUGGCAGCAGCAGCAGCAGCAGUGGCAGCAGCACACACAGGCAGACCAAAUUGGUACAGGGUUGCCACAGCACCCAAAAUGGCUGCCCUUACCAAACUGUGAGUGGGAAACGGAAGUACCUGCCGUCUAAAAACAGCAACAAGGUUGUGAGGGUGACUGAGUCGCCGCUAUUAGCAACAGAAGCCCACAAGGCAGACAUCCUGAGGGGGGACUUUGACCUGGCGUCCGUGUUCGACGAUGUUCUCAGUGGGGACUGUAGCACCUUCGAGGACCUGGACAUCAACACGGCGCUGAGCUCCCUGGGCUGCGAGAUGGAGGUUUCCAUGCAGGGGAGGCAGCUCACGGCAGGCUUGGGGAGGUGGUGCGGGGGAGGGGACCUCGCAGGUCAGAGCCAGCACCUGAGCCAUCAUCAGUCCUACGGCUACAUGGACGUGAGCGUGCCGUCGUUGGAGUGCUCGGUCAACCUGGGGGAGCUCCACAUGCCUCAGCAGCAGCAGCAGCAUCCUCAGCAGCUGGAGCAGGAUCAGCUGCUCCAGAGUCACCACCACCACCUGCAGCAGUUCGACGAGCCCUCCACGCUGUUCCCGGAGCGGCCAGAGGAGGCGAUGCUGCAGCCGUGGGAGGAAAUAAAAGAGGAGGCGCAGGCAAUUCCGCUCACACUGGACCAGGGCUUCGGCCUGUGCGAGGGCUUCUUCUCGGAAAUGCAGACGUGGGAGCGAGUGGAGACCUACCUGUGAUGUUUGAACCCCCGAAACCUCAGUGACUCCUGAUUCGCCUUUUUCACAGAUGCAAGUUUGACAUUAGACCAGUGCAAAACCACACGUGUUACCGAUUAUAAAAUGUAUAAAAAACAGAACAUAGUCGACUGGUUUGCUGUUUGAAGACAACCAGGAUGUAAGAAUAUACUGAAUAGUCAGCAGGGGGCGACUGGACGAGUUCAGGGGUUUAGUUUAACAUCAGUAAACAUU